AUAAACAACAUAUCAAAUCACAAACUAAUGACGACAGACAUGUAAAAAGUUGAAUGUUCGAGGUGAACAGAAAAUAAUAAAAAAAAAGAAAAAAAAAAAUCAAAGUCUGAAGAGUGGUCACAUAUCGAACUUGUGUGUGCUUUGCAGUUGUGCAGUGAAUGUAUUACCAUCAAAGCGACAACAUUAUUAACACACAAUCUUUGAUUAUACGCGAGAAAUCGAAAUUUACCUCAGUUCAUUAACAGCGGAGUUCUCCAUGGUUUUUAACCAACAUAUUUAUCAAAACCUUAACAGUUUUGUUGUCAUUUAAGGUAAAAGACUGGUUAAAGUGUAGUGAUUGUAAUACCGGAUCAUUAUUCGAAUUAUAUACUUGUACUUGAUACAAUCCGAAUGUGUGUUCGGUACGUCAUUACUUGUAUGAUUAAUCGUCGAUAAAAAUUAAGCAAUCGUCAUACGCACCACCGGAGAAAGUACAACCGGACAUUUAUUAUAUACAUCGCGAAAUUAUUGAAUAUAUGAUUCGAAGAGAUUCUUCGGUCGAAAAAAAAGUCAAGUAAAAUUUUUAUGAUUCAAAUGAAAUGACCAACGCUUAAGUAUAAUUUUGUCCAUCGAAGUGAUAGUACUUUUCCUAUAAAAAACAAAACAAAGACGCGAAGAGUUCCAUUGUGAUAUUAUUUACCUUGAGAUUGUUGACCAGAGACAGUAAUUUUGUGUUUUGUAAAUUGGAUCGUUAAAAAUUAUGAUUGCAGUAGAAAUUUGAAGAUCAAAGGCGCACAAGUAAUUCAAUGGAUGUACGUGAAUGUAUUUCGAUAUAAUUUAUUACAUUCAUCAAGCAAAAUGUUCCGCAAACAUUUAAUAUUAAUCACAAUCCUUCCAAUGGUGAUACUGAUCACUAGUGGGACACCGGCAGCGCAUCCGCGCAUCUACAAUCCACAAACGUUUGUAUCACCGAACGAUAUAAACGAUCUUGAGCAGGAACAUGUGAAACGAGCUAUGUCAGAUGUGGCCACAACGAUAAAGGAAGUUCAAAAACUACUUGAGACUGAUCCAACAUUACCACGAUUAACGAGAGGUGAAAUCGAAGAAUUGUUCGAAAAUGUGACGAAAGAAGAAUACGAAAAGAGUUUGCGACAAGGUGACCGCGAUCGAGCCAAACAUAUGAGGGCAUUGAUGUUGGUGCUUCCAUACAACACAAACAAUAAUUCCGAUUUGCAGGAACUGUACACGCGACCACCAGUCACCCGAGUGGUUAACGACGGUGCCAAAACGCAGAAACUGCAAACCAUUGUGGUUCAGCCUGAAGAUGUUGAUCCUAAAUCAUCCGGAAAAAAUGCAACCACGUACAAGCCCACAUUGGUAAUUCGUCGACCCAGCACCCCGCGACCAACAACUUUCCAUCCAAAGUCACCACUCAUCCAAAGACCAGUUGCUACUACAACAACCACAACAACUAGUACUACAACCACAUCCAUUCCAAGCGCGGCAUCUAAGCUACCAACAUACACAGCUGACCGACCACCAGCUCCAUUCAAAACUCAGCCAAUAAUCAGAGAAAACGUUAAGGACUUGCUAGCAACCAUAGGCUUAACACAAGAACUAGUUCCCACCACAACUCCCAAGCCCGAAAUGACGGAAGAGCUGAAAGAAUUGUUAAAAUCAUUCGGUCUUCUCACUAAUGAAGAACCACCAAAACAUGUUGGAGCGGUCGAAACGAUCCAAGAAGAAUUUGAACCGAUAGCAUCCAGUCUGAUUCGAGACGAGCCAACAUACGUCAAUGAAUUCCAGCCGUUACCUUCACCGAAGUAUCGCAUGAACCCUGGACCAGAACUGACACCAUACGACUAUCAAUCGUUCAAGCCGUUACCUAUUCCUGAAGAAUCGCCGGUUGAUGGGGAUAUGGAGGAAUUUCUGAAAUCGUUUGGAUUGUUCGAUGGCAAUGUUAGAGGCAAGAAGUCAUUGCACAUGGAGGAGGACGCGAAUACGCAAUAUCCAUUGGAAAUGCUCAGUGCAACGGAGAGACCUACGUAUGUGAAAAUGGAAAAAAUGCCAGAGGUUAGCGUCGAUUUCCUAGCACCUGAUUUGAUAUCUGUGCUGGAGAACAUUGGUAUAACAAACGUGAAGACAAAUCGCGAAAAAUCUUACGACAGGGGAUUGUUGAAGUAUGACUUAUCAAUGGCCGACAACAGCAUUCGAAGAAGUAGCGAACACAUCGACGAUGAAACAUAUAUCGACAAUGCUAACAAAAGAAGACAACCUGAAGAUGUCACAAUGAGAAUGGCAAACAACCAAGCCCUUACCGACGAAGAUUUUGGUAAAUUACAGCAGCUGCUGGAAACAAUAAAGAAACUUGAUAAACUGAAUGCUACCUUGACGGACGAAGAAAUCGAAUCGUUAAACUUGAACAAUUUCAAUCUUAGUGAAUCGUUAUUAGCUCAGAUGGGUCCCAAUCCCAUCGAUAAUACGGAAUUCGACGACAGGAAAAACGAAGUCAAGCGACAGUCUGACGAGACGACCGAUAGUCCGAAUCCAUUUCGAUUUACUUUGGACCUACAAGCUACAACCGAAGAGUAUAAUGGAAAAGGCGACUUCUUGAAUUUAACAUCAGUUGCAACAACCGCUGAACCGGAAGCGGAGACGACAGAAGUGGCUAAAACUUCCACCACAACAACAACGUCCACCGAAGAGCCAAGGCGUAAUGGUUUAGAGGAUUCAUUCGGUAGCUUGGAUCCAGUUACCGAGGAACCAUUGCCUCCGCCACGACGCAAUGGGUUUUAUUUUCUGGCCGAUUGGAAUUCCUUUUUAGAAGUUGGAGAGGAUCCAGACAAGGUGGUAGUGCGAUUCGAUCCGAAAGUUGGUGAUCCAAGUAGAUUUUUGAAAGUUACUGUGCCGUAAGGAGUGGGCUAACAAGCAGACAGCUCGAGUGAAAUUAAUUUAUUAUUUUUUGUAUGGUGCUAAUUUAGUAGGAUUGAUUCGUCUUAAUAAUAAAGAUGGGAUGACUGUGA